AUGCACGCGAGCGAUACCGAUGAAGCGGUGAUGACAGAAACACGGCAGGCGAACGACGGGAACGCGGUGACGAUCGGCGUGCUGGCGCUGCAAGGCGCUUUUGUCGAGCACAUUACCUUGCUGCAGAAGGCGGCUGAGGAACUACGGCUGGACCACCAGCAAAGCAAUGGUGUGCCAAAUGGAAGCAGCAGUAGUGGCCAUACACCACCCCCCCUCACCAUCAUCUCCGUCCGCACCCCCCUAGACCUCUCCCGGUGCUCCGCCCUAGUCAUCCCCGGCGGUGAAUCAACCGCCAUCGCCCUCAUCGCCGCCCGCACAAACCUGCUCCAACCGCUCCGCGAGUUCGUGAAAGUCCAGCGGAAACCCGUCUGGGGCACUUGCGCCGGUCUCAUCCUCCUGGCAGAAGUAGCGGACCGCACGAAAUCGACGGGACAGGAGUUGAUCGGGGGGCUGGAUGUGAGGGUUGAGAGUUUUGAGGCGGAGCUGGAGUUGCCGUUCUUGCAUCAGGGGGCUGGGGAUGGGGAGAGGAGGGCUUUUCAUUCCGUCUUCAUCCGCGCGCCGGUGGUGGAGGAGGUGCUGCCCGCCAACUCUUCCAUCGACGAGUCCGCCGAGGGUGCCUCAGUAACAGCCCCAGCGCUGAAGGCGACGAAAGCGGACGUGGAAAUCCUCGCUCGUCUGCCUGGCCGAGCGAAGGCGCUGAAGGAUCGCGUGACGACGGCGGAGGAGCUGGGGGAGGAAGGAGAUAUUGUGGCGGUGCGGCAGGGGAAUGUGUUCGCGACGGCUUUUCAUCCGGAACUCACGGGGGAUGGGCGGAUUCAUCGGUGGUGGUUGGGCGAGGUGUUGGGGGCUGUGGAUAGGGUUGGGGAGGGUAGAUGA